AUGACAGAAAAUGCAAAUGAUGGUGAACCGUUAGUCUGCCCUCCUCCUUCUCUUCCGAAUGUGAAGGCAAAUUGGCAAUUUUCUUCCGAGCCUACAGAAUUAUUUGGAAAAUUAAUUCAUACCGAUGAUAUUGAAGAUUAUGAAAAAAAUCAAGAAAAGAGAGGCUUUGUUGUUUUUGAAAAAGUUGAUGAUGAAAAGUAUUUUGAAUUGACGAUAGAAUUUGAUUAUAUGAUUGAAUGGACGAGUAUUGAUAUUUUUAGUACUGCUAGGACUGUGGAAUUGUAUACUUCUAAGGAAAAGGAAUAUGGACAAACUUGUAGAUUUACUGAAAAGAUUGGAGAGGAUAAUGCCUAUCAGUAUAAUUGUGUAUGUUUGGAUAGUAAUCAGAGUGAGAGGAAGAUUCAGAGACAUUCAAAUUUUACUUUGAAAUUCUUAUCAUUGGAUUAUCCUGAUAGAAUUGCUAAACAGACAAAAAUUUGUGUCUCUGCUAUAAUUUUUCAUGGUAAAAGAAGGGGAGAAAAAUUAUUGAAUCAAAAUCAGUCGAUAGCAAUGGGAGGAGAAACUGAAUCGAAACAAUUUUCUGGAGCUAUGAGUGCACUAAUGAGCGAUCCUAGAAUGUUAAUGAAUUUAAUGAAUGGAAUGAAUAAUCCAACAGCUAAGCAAAUGAGUAUGAUAGUAGGUCAAAUAAUGCCAAUCACAAAAACCAUUGAUAAUGUGGCUUCCGAGAGGAAGGUUGAACAAGAAAUGCCUAAACCAACUUUACCUCCUAAAAUGGAAACAUUGAACGAUAUUCCAGAAAAUCCAAUACUCUUGAAUGAAUUUAAAUCCAAGGAAGAUUUGAAGAAUUAUAUUAAUGAAUGUGUUGAUGAAAGAAUGAAACAUUGGGAAGAAAGAAUGAUGAAUAGAAUGAUGGGAGAAGUUGGAAGAUUUGCUUCACCAUUCUUACAAGGAAUGCAAGGAAAUCCAUUUGCAAUGUUCAGACAACCAACGAUACCUAGUGGUACACCUCCACCACAAAUGAACAUCCCACCUCAAACAGCUAUGCAAAUGCCUAUGAUGAGUGAUAUUAGUAAGCUUAUGGCUGGUAUCCAAAUCAGUAAGCAUGAAACGCCAGAAAGUAAAAAGGAAGAAACCAACAAGGAUGAAAAUAACGAAGAGCAAUAUGAAGAUACUGAAUCAGACACACAGAAACAAGAAGAAAAAGAGGAAGUACCAGAAGUGGACUAG